AUGGAAGAAGGAUGGAGAGUGCCAACAGUGGAAGAAGUGGAUAGUGCAGUGAGUGCAGAGAUACCGAAUGGAGGAACGGAACCAGAAGCUCACGCCGUUGUUACAUCGUUUAUGCUUAAUAGAAAAUGCUGGAUUGAAGAUCCUAAUUCGCCGAGCAUGCGUAAUGGGAAAUGUUCAAAACUUUCCCAAAACCCAAAAUCGCUGCGCGAAGAAACGUCAAUGGAAGUGAACGGCUAUCCAGGCUAUCGGAGACGCAACUGUACAACUGUUGAAGUAAAUGGCCAAGUGCUUCCAGUUCAUCUGCUUGAAUAUCAGUCUGUCCACUUCAUUGCUCGACAAGAACGACAGUUUCUCGAUUGGGCAGAGAACAGUUACACAACGCUUACUGCAGAUUUGGAACUAAAUCGGCUCUGUGAGAACAUUGUAAACAGUGGUAUGUUUUCGGAAAUGGGAAUUAAUGGUCACGAUCUCUACUAUUACCAAAUUCCUGAGCAUUUUAAGUUCACUCCACGCAGUGGCUGGCAAUGUCUCGAAGAAGAGCGGGUAAAGAAAUUGGAUGGACGCAUUUAUGAGAAGUUUUCUGAUGCAGAUAAAGAUUCCGGAUUUCUUGAUGAUGACACAUCUCAUCGUCAGAGUCAAACGCUGAGCAGCCAUGGAAUGAGUUUUCGGCAUCGAUGGCUGCAUGGAUGUGUAUGCCAACCUCAAGCUCAUCACAGUCUUUGGACAACGUCAACGUUACGUAGUUUCUUUGCUUGCUUGCUUUGUUACCAUGAGAUCGCAAACGCUGAGGAACUAUGGACAGAGUUUUCGGCAUCGAUGGCUGACAAUAUCACUAAUAUGGGAAUAGGCCUAAAAGAGGCUAUUGUUGCUGCCUACUUCGACGUCGCUGAUAGGAUGUUACUGCUUGACAGAGAUUUGACCCAAAUAGUUAGACAACCUGCAAAUAAACUACCUUCACUUCCUGAUGUCCCAGUUGACUAUGGUCAGCAUGAAAGUGAAGGAUCACGGCUAUAUGGAUCACUGAAUACGCAUAAAAAAAGCUGCUGA